AUGAGUUCGCAGAAAAAGGUCCAGAAACUAUCUACGCAACUUAUUCACGCAGACGCGGACUUUGCAGAUGUCCACAUAGGACCUGCCAUCUCGGUUUCUUCUACAUAUCGCUAUCCGGAGAUUAAGGAGGGUAAAUGGGAAUCUGUCACAAAAGACUGGGAUGUAUUUAAUCCCAAGAUGCAUGUUUAUUCUCGCUAUACGGUGGGGACGAGUACGCGAGCGGAAAAGAUACUCGGCGCAAUGCAUGGUGGAUAUGCACUUGUUUAUUCUUCUGGAUUAUCAGCCGGUUUUGCGGCUCUACUCUAUGCGAGACCAAAGAGGGUCGCUAUCAAGGGAGGCUACUUUGGAUUCCAUAACACGAUUGGCGUGUAUCAGAAGAUUAACCCCGCAGUCAAAAUGAUCGACUUGGACGAUGAAUAUCAAGCGGGUGAUCUCGUCUGGUUGGAAACACCUCUCAACCCAACUGGAGAAGUCAGGGAUAUCGAGUACUAUGCAAAAAAAGCACAUGCUGCUGGGGCAAAAUUAGCCGUCGACGCCACUUUUGCUCCUCCGCCACUCCAGAAUCCAUUCAAAUGGGGGGCAGACAUUGUCAUGCAUUCAGCGACCAAGUACUUUAAUGGGCACAGCGACGCGCUUAUUGGCGUUCUAGUGUUCAAAACAGAAGAAGCCUGGCGUGAAGCUUUCCAUAAUCGCACCUACCUCGGCCACCCCGCAGGAUCCCUCGAAUCUUGGCUUCUUCUCCGGUCACUGAGAACCUUCUCCCUCCGCAUUCUAGCGCAGUCAAAGAAUGCGACCGAGCUUGCACGGUGGCUUAACCAGAUUGCCAAAACUCCAAAGGGAAAGUCGUAUGAUGGUGCACCUGGGGGAACGAUCAGCUUUGUUUGGCAUGGAUCGCUUCAGGACAAGGGCAAGUUUGAUCCCGCGAAGCAGCACGAAGGUGGCUUCGCGCCUACGUUCUCCAUCUUGAUGGAGAAUCCGUAUCAUGCCCAGCGACUCCCAGAAAGGCUCAGGUUGUUUACGCAUGCUACUAGUCUGGGUGGUGUCGAAAGUUUGAUUGAACAACGCAAGCAUUCAGACGAGAAUGAAGAUGCUCGCCUACUCCGUAUUAGCGUCGGAAUCGAAGAUAUCGGUGACCUUAAAGCCGACUUUCGUCAGGGCUUGCAUGCAAUCCUAAAGGAGAAGGCAAAGCUUUGA